GUGGUAGAGAGUAGGCAGGACGGGGUUUGUGAGUAUUGGUUAGAAUGGGCUGUGUGGGCGUCGGUGGAACGGAUGGUGAGAAUGUGGACGCAGGGGACAAGGGAGCGCGUGGAGGUAACAAGGCGGCGAUUUCUUGGAGGAGAGAGUUCGAAUGUGAAGGGUCAUGUCCAGGUGAUGGUUUUAAUGAUCGAGAGCCAUGUGUAUCAGGCAAUGAUGAAGUUGUGUCUGAAGAGGGAGCUUUGGACUCUUUCUGAUCCUCAGAGUGUUGAGGCUCUGACUGUGAGUCUUUCUGGCUCCCAGAGUCUGCGCUGUAUGUUCUUCGUAGUGCAGAUGUCUGUAUAUUUAUGCCAUGUCCAUGUCGUAGGCGACUACGCGACAGCGAUUUGGCUGCUCUACGACUACAUGGCGUUGCUCGGGCGAACAUCGUGACAAGCUUUUGGCAGCGUAAGUCAAUCUCGACUUAGAGUAUCAAUUUUUGGGAGACCGUAGGCGAAGGAUAUCUAAUAGCCAAGGUCACGCCUUCAGAUAACCAGAGCCGAUGAAGAUU